GUUUCCAUGGAUUCCUCUAGACUCUCCACGUGUAUAUUCUUAGCUAGCUUUAUCAUUGACAAUUCGCUUACUUUAAUUGUUGCCUAUCUAUGAUUGUUCUUGCUGCUCGUGAAUUCUAUGCGGCUCGUUUCUUGAUAUUGACCAAGAAUCAUCUCGUUUGAGAAGCUUGCAUGAACAAAAAUGAAUGAACCAAGGCAUCCAUCGGUGUUUCAGAAGGUUCAUGGACAAACCUCCUUGAUUAGUACACUAUCUCCAAGUGUGCAACCUCGUAAUCACAGCGUCUCUGGAGCUUAUGUCAAUGGAGGUUUGCAGAGUCUACUGCAGCCAACUAGUCAUGACACUUCUCUUAUACCACGUGGCUCACUUCCCGUACUUGCUCAAGCUCCUACCGAGAAAACUAGCACUGGCUUCUUGAUUGAUUUUCUCAUGGGAGGAGUCUCAGCUGCCGUUUCAAAGACUGCAGCCGCUCCUAUCGAGCGUGUUAAGCUCUUGAUUCAGAACCAAGAUGAAAUGAUCAGAGCCGGGCGUCUCUCUGAACCAUACAAAGGAAUCACUGACUGUUUUACCCGGACGGUCAAAGACGAAGGCGUGCUUGCUCUUUGGAGAGGCAACACCGCCAAUGUUCUCAGAUACUUCCCCACUCAGGCUUUGAACUUUGCAUUCAAAGACUACUUCAAGCGACUGUUCAACUUCAAGAAAGACAAAGACGGAUACUGGAAAUGGUUUGCAGGUAACUUGGCUUCUGGUGGUGCAGCUGGUGCAUCGUCUCUGCUUUUUGUCUACUCUUUAGAUUACGCACGUACCCGUUUAGCCAACGAUGCCAAAGCAGCCAAGAAGGGUGGUCAGAGGCAGUUUAAUGGCAUAGUUGACGUGUACAAGAAGACUAUAGCCUCUGAUGGUGUUGUGGGACUAUACCGCGGUUUCAACAUCUCCUGUGUUGGAAUCAUCGUGUACCGUGGGCUCUACUUUGGACUGUAUGAUUCCUUGAAGCCUGUGGUUCUUGUUGAUGGUCUCGAGGAUAACUUCUUGGCGAGUUUCUUGCUGGGAUGGGGAAUCACCAUUGGAGCUGGACUGGCGUCAUACCCGAUAGACACGGUGCGUAGAAGAAUGAUGAUGACAUCAGGUGAAGCAGUGAAGUACACGAGCUCACUUCAGGCCUUUAAUCAGAUUGUUAAGAAAGAAGGAGCCAAGUCGCUUUUCAAAGGUGCAGGUGCCAACAUCCUCCGUGCUGUUGCGGGCGCUGGUGUACUUGCUGGCUAUGACAAGCUCCAGCUCCUUGUGUUUGGCAAGAAGUACGGCUCUGGUAGUGGCUAAACGAUGGAUGAGGUGUACGAGUGAAUAAAACUGUGUGUGUUUAUCGAAUGUACUCUGUCAAGUUUGUGGCUUUUGUCAUAGUUGUGACUUCUUUCCAACAAAAAUAAAAUAACGAAGAAAAACACUGGAUAACA